AAUAAAAACAAGGCCUCUCAUUAUGAGGACCCUGAAAAGACAAAAAGGUCUAAGUCUGACUCCUUCAUCUAAAGUUCAAACAAUAGAUUAGGUAGAAGAACUUGAAGAGGAUCCUUUGAAGACACUGAGGCUUCGAAGCACAACCCACUCCAAAGUAAGACCAGACUUGAUUUAUACUGUCUGCUGUGAUAUCAGCUUACUCGUGCAAAACAUAGGACGCACUCCUUAGUGGGACUGUGGAAGCUUUGUUCAGGCAGGACAGGAACACUAAGGGACAUGCAGGUCAGUACAAUUACUUUAGUAAUGAAAGAUUACAGACGUGAGUUAGCAAAGAUCUUUUUCAGAGACUCCAGUUUGGCUGUAGAGAAUAAUUUACUAAUAAUAACAGACUGGUAGAACAUCUACAAAAAAGAAAUGAACCUGAGCAGGAACCAGGCUGCAGAACAGAAAACAAAUCCCAGUGAUGUAGUUUUUACUUGUAGUUUGUUUUUUAAUUUCCAUAAACUUUGCAUUGCUGAUUUUCUCACACUGUUCUUCAAAGUUGUAGUGUAUGAUUUUGCAUUGUAUUGUAUGUUGUAUGCGAUUGUAAGGUCUUCAGGGUGCAGAGCUGAGAUCAUCCACACCAGAGUCAAAGAAGAUGAAGGCUGUUCUCUCUGUCCUCCUCCUGGCAGCUCUGACAGCAGCAGCUACAGCUCUAUUCUGGAGAAAAUACAUUUAUGUGAAGGAAGAUAUGACCUGGAAUGAUGCUGAGGCAUACUGCAAAGAGAAUUAUGUAGAUCUAGCGAUCAUUGAAUCAAAGUUAGACCUAGAAAGAAUCGAAAAAGUUGUAACUUCUUUUGAACCUUCAUGGAUUGGCCAAAGCAAUAUUUCAAGUGUGGACAAUUUUCCUCAGUGGGAUGAUACAGGUUUAUUAGAUUUCACAUCUCUGUAUCCUGAAGAACAUAUAAAAGGUAACACCUGUAUCUCUAUCGAAAAUUAUCUAUUAUUGACUGUGAAGAAUCUUUCAGACUGUGCAAAAAGACAGACGUUCGUCUGCUACACCUGGAAGCCAGAUCUGAUUGUCGUGCCAGAGAAAAAGACCUGGGAAGAAGCUCUGAAGUACUGCAGAAUGAACUACACUGACCUGGUCAGCAUCACCACAUACAGAGAUUACCUGCUAAUCAACAGCACAGUCACAGAAAUUCAGACAAGCAGUUUCUGGACCAGUCUUCGCUUCCUGGGUGGUUCAUGGUACUGGGUGAACCAGAUCUACAUGGAUAAAGAAAACACCGGCUUUUUGCCCUCAUGCCCUACCCCAGGUUUCCAUUGUGGAUCUCUAAAAGUUGAAACUAAUGUCCUAGAGAACAGAAACUGUGAAGAAAAAAUGCACUUCAUCUGCUAUAAGCAAAAUUGGCAAGAAUACUUUGGAAGUAAUAAUAGAAAAUGAAGCUGUUUUCUGCAAUCAAGACCUGGACAAGACGGAGAAGACUACACCCAUCACUGCAAAAAUAUGACUUAGCAAGUAUCUUUCGUUUGGUCAAAUUUAUUUUAAGCCGAUUCUUUUACUUUAAAUUAGCAACCUUAUCUGUCAAUAGAGUAAAAAAAUGUAAAGUUUAAAAAUAGUAAAAUGGAUCUAGAAUAAUGAAUUAUUCUAUAGAAAUAUAAACUCAGUUUAUUCUAAUCAUGGAUUCUAAAAUAGUGGACAAAUCUGAUUCAAUAUACUUUAACCUAUAAAGAUUACAGUGAUUUUCUACACUUCUAUUAUAUUAACAUUAACAUUAGACUGGAAUGUUUAACUGAAUAUUCAGAUUUUUCUGUGUUAUGGCACCUACUGUACUAGAUGUAUAAUUUUUCUUCAACAUUUACUUCUUUCUGUAAUCUAUCAUAAAGUAUAUUUGUAUAUAU